ACAGGACAGAAUCCCUCAAAGCUCUCUCCUUGUUCGUCUCUCUCUCUUUGCUUCAAGGUGACGCAGAAUUCCGUCGAAGGCUCUCUCUCCAUCUCCCUCAAGAGAAAAUGGGUUCAAAUGCAUCAGACUCUGCGAUGUUGAAGAGUUGGAGAAAGACUCCUCCUCCUUCUUCUUCUCUUGUCAGAAUUUCUCAGAAUGCUAACGACAAAUACGAAUCUCCUCCUUUCUCUUCCGGUGGACACAACUGGAGAUUGGUUGUUUACCCAAAAGGAAACGAAGAGGACAAUGGAAGUGGCUUUGUUUCAAUGUAUGUGGAGUGUCUCUCAUCAACAACACCACCCGUUGAUGUGUUUGCUUAUCUCACUUUCUUUGUCUUUAGCGAGGAAGAGAAGAAGUACCUCUCUAUUCAAGAUGUUGAAGUAAAGCGUUUCAAUUCUUCUAAAACGGUUUGGGGAUUGUCAAAAGCUCUUUCGAUUGAAACACUCAAAGACCGUGCAAAGGGAUUUAUCUUGUACGGAGAAUUACAUGAGUUUGGUGCUCAUGUGAAGAUUGUUUCACGACCUGUCUCUUUUGGUGAAGAUCUCCCUUUUCACAAAUUCUCUUGGACUAUUCGUGAUUUCUCUCUUCUCAGACAGAAUGAUUGCGUUUCGAAAACCUUUCACAUGGGAGAAAAAGAUUGGACUCUAACUUUGUAUCCAAAGGGGGACUCUAGAGCAGAUGGCGAGUUAUCCCAGCAUUUACAUUUAACUGACAAUGAUACUUUAUUGAAGGGUGAGCUGAUUUUCGUGCGAGUAAACCUGAAGGUUCUAGACCCGCGUGGAUCCAAUCACCUAUCAGUAUGGCUUAAAAGUUGGCUCUUGAACUCGAACAAAGCGUGGGGUAAGACCCAAUCCAUGUCUUUAGAUAAAAUUCAGGGGGCUUACUUGGACCGUGAAGGUACUUUGGAGGUAGAGAUCGAAUGUGAAGUUGUUAACUCCAUCAAAAACCAUCCCUGUUUUUAGGAUAUCUACCAUGCCAUGUCUACUACUCUAGGACUUACCUACUCUGUUUGUUGCGUAGAGAUUGAAAUGUGAAGUUAACGCUCUAUAUAUGUGAAGUUAACGCUCUAUCUAUGUUUUUAGGAUAUCUAUUAAUCUAUCAUGCAUGUCUGAGUCUGACUAUUGUAUGUCUGUAUGACUUUUCAUGCGUUUAUUAAUGAUCUUAUUAGUUAUUUAAUGUUUGUUUUGGUAUAUCAUUGCUUUUGGUUUAUUUCCUCCUACUUGCCAGUUUAUUAAAGAUCUUGAAAUCUU